AUGGAUGAUGUAUGCACUGAAUUUCUGAAACUCCAUAACAUGUUAGCUGAAGCUGAAUACUAUCUUCAAAACAUGGACUUAUCAAUGUUCAUGCUUUAUGCUGGUAUGGAGGAAGCAUCAAAAGUUAAAGAAUUUUUAAAUAGUAUUUAUAAGAAUGAAAAAUUACUUAAUGCAAACGAUUCAGAAACAAAUACGCAUUUAUAUUGGGCAAUUAAGUCAUUUUUAGCAAAAUAUGACUUCAAAGAUGAAAAUUUAGACACAGCAAUAUUAUUCCUUACAAUAAAGCGAUUAAAUCCUUUAUUUUAUCAACUAACUUACAAAUCAUUAACUGAUUCUUCAUUUCAGAAGCUGAGUGGCAAAGAAUUAUCAUCAAUAUUUCAAUUUUUCAAUUUAUUAUUUGUCAACCACGGUCUAUUGCACUCCAUUCAACCAUACAUCGCAAACCUUGUGAAUUUAGUACCUAUUGAUAUGAUGUUUUCGCAAUAUGGAUUCGGUGCUUUAUCAUUUUACGAAAAUCCACCGUAUGAAUUCCUAAUCAAAGGAAAACUGAAAAUUAUUUCAUUUAUACAAUCGUUCUCCUUACCAUCCAACUACAUCUUCCCAAAAAUUUCUCAAAUUUUCCAAGUCAGAUUUGGAAAUCAAUUUCUCUAUCCGAAUUCGUUCCCAGAAUGUGGAGAAGAUGGAUUAAUAUUAUCUCUUAUGCAUUCCUGUCUACUCAAAAACACCAAUUUUACUGAUUUCGCUUAUCAAAAAUAUAUUUUUGGAAUUAAUGAGAAAGACACUACAAUUUUUACGAAAAUUGCCGAGGUUAUGCCUGAAAUACUUCCUUGGUUUGCUGUAGCGUCAAUAAAAUACAUUGGCGGAGAUAUAAAAACAAUGAAAGAAAUUAAAAACAUAAUUAAGGCAAAUAAUAACUUGUCAUCACUUGCAUCUGAUGUGAUAUACAGAAUAUAUAAUGAUCUGAAGCUUUUGAUCAUUUCUUCUCAAAUUCAAAAGAAAAAAUUAUCAUAUUCUGAUUUGACAAGGUAUUCUAUUCCUUAUUUACUCAAAUAUGACUUCUCAUCUGAGUAUGUGACCAAAUUACUCGAGAAAUCCUUGUUUAGCAUCACAGAUUCGGUAAGAAAUACUGAUUUUGAUUUUAUUCACGCGUAUAUGGCAAUUUCGAAUGUUUUGGAGCUUCUUUUGGCCAAGACUGAUGACUACUCUGCUUACGAUGCUUCAUUAAAAGUGAUGGAAAAUGAUUUAAGAAAAAUUCAAGAUGAAAAUACCAGAAAAUCGACAAUUUCUGCGAUUUACUCGUGUUUAUUCAUACAAAACAAUGGAUCCUUCCUUUGUAUCCUUGCUUUGGCAAAGAAAAUUUUGAAAAUUUUGGUAAAAUUAUCAGAUCAAGAAGAAAUACUUGAUUUGCUUAUAUCUGUUGAUAAUAUAGCAUAUAGAAUUGGAUAUUCGACCAUUUCUGCUGCAUUUAUCGAUAGAAAAUCUUUGUUUUACCAACUUAUUGGAAGAUCUCAAUUUGAAGCUUCAGGAAAGAUCGCUUGUAAUGAUGAAAAGCUUACACAAAUCAAUGUUAUUGCUGCAGAAAUCUCAAAACUUAAAUCUGGACAAAAAUUAAAUUCCGAAAUUUUAAGUAAGCAACAAAUUGAUGUUGUUAAGCUCGAAUCCGCAUUCUUCAUACCAGAAUGCCGCAAUAACUUGACUGAAAUUGUUGCUGAGAACGAAAUUGGGCAAUUACAAGAAAAAAGACUCCAAAAUGGUCAUAAUUUGCUUGAUAUACUUGGUGAUUUUAACUCUCCUGCUCCGAAUUAUACUGCUUUCCAGGACUUUUUGUCUUUAAUCAAAAAUGUUGACUUACAAGACAAACCGAUCACUGAAAUCCUUUUAGAUGUAUCUAAUAUAGGCGAUAUAUCUGAAACAAAGAAGAGAUUUAUGAGUUACGGAUUCGAUAUUUUCGGAUUUUGGUUGAAUCAUCUGGAUAAAGUCAAAUUGAGCGACCAAAUAAUCAGCGAAUUCUCUCCUGAAUAUCCAACAGAAUGCUUGGCAAUUGCUAUGACUCAAAAUACUUCUGUUCUUCCGAAUUUCGAAAAACUCAACAUCGGAAAUGUAAUGAAGAAGUACAUUCAGACCCUAAAUUUUCAUGAAAUAGGUUUAGAUGAGAUCCAAACAUUGAUCGAUAAAGAACAAUUUGCUGAAGCUUUGAAAUUUAUCAACCAAAUUUCUAAUUUUGAAAUAAGAGAAAGAGAAUUAUUUGUUUUAUUGAGAUCCUCGUUAGGUAGUCAUAAGUUUGAUCCGUCAAUUCUUGAUGAUAUUGUUUACCAAGUUGAUCAAGACGAAUUUAAGCAACUUAUUGAGAGGGAUUAUCAAACGUUUCGAAUCAGAGCAGCUUCAGAACUUCGAAAAUAUGAAGUUUUCCCACCUUUGGCCUUGUUUUAUAUCACGAUUUUCAAUUUGACUUCUGUUGGAGAGUUUGAGAACCCUCUUAUUGGUGAUUACAUCAAAGGAUGCGAUAUUCCAAUGAGUAUUCAAACAAUUGGAAGCCAAAUUCCAUUCGAAAAUCUGUUAUAUAUGAUUAACGAAGAUAUGUUAGAUAAUUCGUUCAAGUUCAUAUGCGAAACUCUCAUUAAGAUGCCAAAUGACCUAUCAGUUCUCCUUCAAAAGUAUCCGAACAAGAUAUCAAGUGUUUUCAAAGUUCUUAAAAACGACCAAUCAUUUCAUAGCACAUUCCUUAGAUACUGUCCAUCGAAAUAUAGGAAUCUCUUUGGAACUCUCAUGAAUUUAUCCGAAAUUAGCAAAAAUGACAGUGAUUUCGACUUCUCAACGCAGUCAUUCCAGAGCUCUAUCAGAAAACUACUGCUUGAGUAUCAUGGCGUCGAUAUGAUUAAGAACUUAUUCCCCAAAUAUGUCGAUCUUUGUGAAAGGUUCCCCGAAUCAAAGAAAAUUUUCAAUGAGACGAUACAAGAAAUAAUCGUCAGGGAAAUUUCCUCGAUUUCGGUUACAAAUAUUUCUGAUGAAAUGUCUGCAAAAAGAUUAAUCCUGCAAUUAUUGAAGUUCCCAAUGUCUGAAGAAGAGCGAGAAAAAGUAGAUUGCAUAAAUCAAGUAAUUAAUCUUGGAAUUUUCCAGAGAUUUAACGUGAGCUACUCAUUUGAGAACUAUCCUACCGAAUCAUUCGCUAGAAAUAUAUCAGAUUUCUUGUUUAAAUAUGAAUUUGACCAAGAUGCUAUUCAAGUAUGCUCUACAUUCGGAAUCUCAUUUGAAGAACAUGCUGCAAAGAGGCUUGAUAUCACGUUCUUCUUAGGAGUGGCCGAUGCUUCAAGGUUCUGGGCUCAAUUUACAACAGUUAACGAAGAUAACAUCAUGAGUUCACUAUUUUUCGGGCUUUGUGUAACAGAUUCAUUAGUUCAAGAUAUUCUUAAGAUGAAUAUCCAGAGCUUAACAGCUCCUUCCUUCAAUUUCCUUCAAACUGUAAGAGAUCUCGUUUUGAAGAGACCCAAACAAUCUCAAAAGAGGCAAAGCGACCUUCAAUCAUUUGUUUCCUACUUCGUACGACCAACAAAUCGUGCAAUUCAUGUACUUUGUUCUUGUGGUUUCCUCGAAUUAGCCGUGAACUUACUAUUUUCGCUUCCACAAGACGAAAAUGCCUCGAAGAUAUUCAUAGAAGAUGUCACAUACCCUGUUAUUUCAAGAUUUUCCAUAAAUAAUAUUUCGACAAUCUUAUAUCAGUUUGAUCCAGGUCUUUCAUUUGUCCAAUCCUAUAUUUUAGCUCUUAUUGACUUCUUUAGAUCACGUUCCAUGUACUGUUCCUUGCUAACUUUCCUUAUUACAGUGAAUUGGUUGGAAGAUGCGGCCAUCGCAGCCACAUUUUGCUUCAAUAACAGUACAAAGUAUAGCUGGAAGUUGAAAUAUCUUUAUAACAGCGAAGAACUCCUUAGACAAGCAUUGAAUAUCAGAAGAGGAGAUUUCCAAGUCGACGACAGCUUCCCAUUCAGACCUUCUGAUCUCAGUGAAGCCCAAAUAAAUCGAUUAAUGAGCGAAGUUCAUUUGCAUAUGAAGAUGUUUGAAAUUACGAAAUAUUCAAAGAGCAAAGAGCUAAUUAACGCGUUAUCUACAAUAAUCAAUGAUGAUAAUGCUGAGAACAUAGCUGUUAUGCUUGGUCUCGAUGGAUAUUUCAAAUUAAUUAACGAAAUUUGUGAAUUAUAUUCAUUCACAAAGCAGGAGAUAUACAAUAAGAUUAGUUUGAAGAUCUGUGAAUUUCCAACUGAAGAAGGAGUUGUAUUAAUCAACAAAGCGAAGCAAACUUUCUCUUCACAAGAUUUUCUUCAUUUAAUUAUCAAAAAUUUGCUUGAUAAUUUGCUAAUGAGUGAAAAUCAAUGGUUUAAGAUCCCGUUCUACUUGAAUGAGACUAUAAAUGAUCCUGAAACGAGAUGUCUUUUACUUCUUGACUACAAUUUCCUUUCUGAUGCUUCAGAGCUCGCAACUAAAUACAAAUUCAAGAAGUUAUAUCCUCUUAUUGCACAUAAAGCGAGCCAAGUAUGUGCAGAUACAGUUUUAAUAUAUAUGUUCGAAAAAUUAAGAUAA